CUUGCGGCGAGCGGUGCAACGCGACGUAGCGAGGUGUUAUUUGUUUACGUUUGAGACGAUAAUUAUUAACGUAUUGCUAAUAGUCACUAGUCGGCAGUAGUCAGUUAUCAGUAGACUGUGUGUGUGAGACCAUCAUCAGGUAGUUAUUGGUCAACCUGUUGUUGUGUUACGUCGUCGCGAUGUAUUCGUCUUCGUACGUUAGGAAAAGUGUCGGAAUGAUGGUGACUGCCACCACCUCAUCGUACAAAAGGAUACGCGUAAGAAUACCGUGGAAAAGGUAUUUUUGGAAGGCGAGCGUUUGCGAAGAAAAUCGGUCGAUCGUACUGCGACGUCAAUCGAGCGGUGAGAUUUUGCAAUUCCCUUCAGCCUGGCUGAGAGAUAAUUGCCAGUGUAGCGAAUGCUUCAGUGCUUCGCUGCAUUCCAGGAUAAUACCGUUGGCCAAAUUCACAGCUCGUAUCCUUCCUAGCGCUAUUGAGUGUUUUAAAGAAGAGGAUGGACGAACGAGCGUUAGUGUGAACUGGCCAGACAAACAUCGCAGCGUUUAUACCUUGGAGUGGUUGAAAAAAAAUAAUUUUGAUGAGGACGAUCAAAAUGCUCGACUACGGGAUGAUUUCAAAUUCGAUAAGAUCACUUGGAACGCGAAUAAUUUUGCUCAAAUUAUACGUCGUUUCUCAUUCGAAACACUUUUACAGAAUGAUAACGAGUUAUUGAAUUGGCUGGUAACGUUAAAAGAAAAAGGAAUAGCAAUCAUCGAACGAGCUGGUCAAGAUGAACAUUUAAUCGAAGAAUUAUCUCGUCGAGUCGGCUUUAUCAAAAGAACAACCUACGGCAAAUUAUUUCGCGUAGAAGCGGAUGAACACUCUACGAACGCCGCGUACCGUUCAACACCUUUAGAAUUGCACGUAGAUUUACCCUACUACGAAUAUUGCCCUAGUUUUGUCAUUUUACAUUACGUAGUACAAUCGGCGAAUCAGAACGAAGGUGAAAAUCAUCUAGUGGAUGGUUUUGAGUUGUGCAAACAGAUGAAGAAUUACGAUAGUGAAAUGUACGAUGCGUUAGUCAACACCAUAGUCGAAUGGACUGACAUUUCUCAACACGAUCAACAACAAAUGCAUCAUAUUCAUCGUGCUCCGGUCAUAUGUCUAGAUUCUGAAGGCAGUGUUGUCAGACUGAAUUUCAGUCAACAUCAACGAGACUCGCGACUCAAUACAUCAGUGGAGCAGGCCAACCGAUGGUACGAUGCCAUGAACUGGUUUAUUCAUUUAGCUUUACUACAAAAAAAUUUAGUCAAGUUGAAAAUGCAGCAGGGAGACAUGCUAACUUUUGACAAUUUACGGGUACUGCACGGCAGAGGAGCUUUCACCUCGAAGAGAUGUUUAAUCGGAGGGUAUUUAGAUGCCGAUAUAGUCGAUUCCAAAAUACGAGUAUUACGUACCAAGUUGAAAAGCUCUUGAUACAGCUACUGACUACUCUUUGUAAUUUAUCUCAAUUUUCUUGUAAAUAACGCAUAUAUAAAGGUCCGUCCUCUAAUAUGUAAUAUUUGAUUUUGUAUGUUGUGAUUUUUGUUUUGUUUUUUUAAAAAAAUUUCAAUUCCUCUUUU